AUGUCACAUUUUUCUGACGUAAAGAUCGAUAUCCAAUACUGUGAAUUAAGUGGAUUAAAUAUUAUUGAUCGUGGAGGAUUUGGAAUUGUUCAUAAAGGAGUGUGGAACAAAGGAAAAAAGGAUGAACGAGUAAUAGCUGCCAAAAUUGUUAUACGUGAAGAUACUCCGGAAUCGACGAGAGAUUUUGGUCGAGAGAAAAAUGAUGGACACAUAUCAGUAAUUCGAGGUGUUCAAGCUUAUGUUGAUCCAAAAUUGCUUGUAAAGAAAAAAUCUAAUUCAAAUAAUACGCACACUGACACGAAGGGGGUCGAAUCAAAUUCAGAUUAUACGCAUACGAAAAAUUCUGAUAUUUAUAGUUUUGGUGUGCUUAUGUGGGAAAUAUACACUUGUCGUUCGCCAUUUGACGGUAGAGGUGGUAAUGAUUUAACUUUGGCUAUUUGCUUUGGCGAAAGAGAAAAGCCUGAGAAUGGAAUGCCUUUAGAUUAUAUAAGUAUUUAUGAAAAAUGUUGGCAUUUAAUUCCUUCACUUAGGCCUGGAAUUCCUAAGAUAUUGAAUGAUCUUAGAACUCUUAAACCAAACCCGACUUAUCAAGAAGAUAAUGACGUCCCAUCAACAGUUACAGAAUCACAAUGUAGUUCCAAACGUUCAUCUACACAAAGUUAUGAUGAAUCAUUUAACCAAAUAAUUAUAGAAGAUUGGGAUAACAGCCGCACAUCAUGUCAAAAAACAACCUUGGAAGAACCUGUUAAUUUCGACGCAUUGUUACAAUGUAUCAAAGAAGCACAAAAACUUUUUGAAGAGAUUAAAAUGUCUUAUAAAAAUGCGCAGCUUAACAUAAGAAUCUGUGGAGUAUUAAAUCGAUGCAUUAACUCAGCUGAAUACAAUUUAAAAAAUCUUGAAGAAGAAAAAAAGAGACCAU